GUUAAAUCCCAAAAAAACAAAGAAAAAGAAUCCUCUCUUUACCUCAUUUAUUUAUAUUGAGUGAAGAAACCUUCCUUUUAUUUUUGCUCAAGACCUCUCUUCCUCGUCUGUUUUGAUUUCUAAAAUACUGACUUUGAUUCCAUUUCUUGUCGUUUUUAGUAGUUAUGGCAGAUUGGUGUGGUGUCUUGGGUAAGGGAAGUAUUACUGUUGGUGGCUAUGGAAGGAGAUCAAUGAGAGAUGAAGAUUUUGAAGAAGAAGAUGUUUGGUCAGUCGUGAAGGAGAUGGGAGAUUCAAGUUCUAACUCCAAGUACCCUUCUUCAGGUCCUUCCUUUUCUUCUGCAUGGCAUCUACCUAGUGCGGCUCCAAGAAUGAUCCCAGCAACAAAGACAACAGCUACAAACCAUGGAGGCAAAGCAGCUCAACAGCAGUCAUCAGCUCCUGUGAACAUCCCUGAUUGGUCAAAAAUUUAUGGGAAAGAUUCAAGGGAUAUUAUGGCUUCAUGGGUUGAUGACCAUAAUGGUAUUGCUUAUGGUGAUGGAGAUGAUCAUGUCAAUGGUGAUGUUGAUGAUUGUGAUGAAGAUGGUGAUGAUGGCAUAGUGCCUCCACACGAGUGGUUAGCUAGGAAGCUUGCAAGGAGUCAAAUCUCUUCGUUCUCUGUGUGUGAAGGGAUUGGAAGGACACUCAAAGGGAGAGAUCUUAGUAAAGUAAGAAAUGCUAUUUUGACAAAAACCGGUUUUCUAGAGUAAAAAAGUGUUCUUAAAACCACUCUUCAAAACCAAGUUUACUGUCAUCUCCUCCCUCUAAUCAUCAUAAUAAUCUAGUUCAUCACCACCAUCAAAUCAUCAUCAUCAUCAUCAAUUUUGUCAUCUUGUAAAAUAGGGUCCCAUGUUCCCAUGAAGUACUCUUUCUUUAGCUGCUGCUUAUAUUAACUAUCAAAUCCAAUAUGGUGUAUGUUAUGUACCAGGGAGGGAGUAGAAAGUAGAAGUCAGAGCUGCCCUUUUUGUUGUGUGGUCUCUAGGAAGAGAGGAAAAUUGAAAAGUAAAAAAAAAAAAACCUUUGGCAGCCUCUAAGAUUUUGCCUGGUAACUUGGUAGAAUUUUGUGUUUCGAGUAAUGCAGUGAGAUUUGAAAGAGGAUUAGUUUAAUCUUCUUACCUCUUUGCUUUUGGCUGCUAAUGCUUUACACCUGUUUCAUGCCUUCUCUUAUUACUUAAAAUCUUGCUCUUGUUUCCUUUA